AUUGGAAGCAGAGCCAUGGCUUAUGCGACCGCUUCUUCGGUUCUGUGCGGCCUCCCUCUCCCUCACGCAUUCCCUCGUCCCUUAUUCUCAAUCGCUUCGUCUCCUCCUCUCAUUAGAUUACUCCACUCACGCAGCAUUCGCUGGAUAUCAUCCCUCUCAGCAGGUAUGCAAGCCUCUGAAUCUGUGUUAGAGAAAGAAAAGCCUGUUGCAAUCGAUGAAGCGACGUCUGAAGAGUACGCCUCUCAAUCGAAAUUGCUGCAAGAAUUUACUAAUAUGCCCAGUAUCGACAAGGCGUGGGUUUUUACGUCUGACAAAGCAAAUAAUUCCAGGGCGAUGUUUUCUAUUAGCCAAUCGAACCUCUUUGCUAAUAAAAGGAAGAAGUUUGUUCUGUCUUCUCAUAUUUCGAAACCUAGUAAAGAUUCUGUAGACUUCGAGUGGUCUCCCUUUCCUAUUGAAAUGACUGGAACAUCUGCAGUAGUUCCGUCGCCGUCAGGCACAAAGCUUCUAGUUGUGCGGAAUGCUGAGAACGAUGCCCCUACCAAGCUUGAAAUAUGGGGGCCGUCUUACUUAGAGAGGGAAAUACAUAUUCCACAAUCUAUCCAUGGAUCAUUAUAUGUAGAUGGAUGGUUUGAGGGAAUUUCAUGGAACCAUGACGAAACUCUAAUAGCAUAUGUUGCUGAGGAGCCACCUCAACCAACGCCUGUUUUCGAAAAUGGAGGAUACAAGAAGGAAGGUUCUUCUGAGAAGGACUGCGGUAGCUGGAAAGGUCGAGGGGAUUGGGAAGAGGACUGGGGCGAAACCUACUCCAAAAAAAGGAAGCCUUCAUUGUUUGUUGUCGAUACUGCUAGUGGGGAGGUACGAGUUGCUGAAGGCGUUUCAAGAUCAAUAAGUGUUGGACAAGUCAUUUGGGCUCCAUCAUCUUCAAAUGGAUGCCUUAAUUACUUGGUUUUUGUUGGCUGGUCCUCCGAGAAUGGUUUCCAAAAUACGCCAAGAAAACUUGGAAUUAAAUAUUGUUACAAUAGGCCAUGUUCCCUAUUUGCAGUCUGCAACCCUUUUAAAAAAUCAGAUACUGAUAAAGUAUCAUUAAGUGGUGAUACAAUAGACAACUCUGCAGCUGCAGUCAAGUUGACUCAUGGCUUAAGUAGCGCUUUCUUUCCAGUAUUUAGUCCAGAUGGAAAAUAUCUUGUAUUCCUAUCUGCCAAAAGUGCUGUGGAUAGUGGGGCGCAUUUAGCUACUAAUUCGCUGCAUAAGAUCGAUUGGCCUACUGAUGGGAAGCUACAGCAGAACAUGAAUAUUACUGAUGUGGUUCCGGUUGUGAUGUCUCCCGAGGAUGGUUGCUUUCCUGGACUUUACUGUUCAGGCUUCCUCUCUGAUCCUUGGCUUUCUGAUGGAUGCACAAUGGUUCUAUCUUCUGCUUGGAGAAGUACCCAAGUAAUACUAUCUGUAAAUGUUUCAAGUUGCAAAGUUUCAAGAGUCAGUCCAGAGGACUCAAAUUACUCAUGGAAUAUUCUUGCACUUGAUGGAGAUAAUAUUCUUGCCGUGUCCAGCAGUCCCAUAGACCCUCCUCAAAUCAAGUAUGGGUAUCACUCGUCCCAAGCAGAGAAAAACACAUGGACUUGGAUGGAUGUUUCAAGUCCAUUUUUGAAGUACUCUGAGAAGGUCCGAUCUGUGCUGUCGGAGCGCAUAUUCAGUAUUCUGAAGAUUCCAGUAAGAAAUCCUUCUUCUGACCUUCCAAAAGGUGCUAAGGCUCCAAUUGAGGCUAUUUUUGUAUCAUGCAAGGACAGUUCUAGUAGUCCAACAAUUGUGAUCCUUCACGGUGGCCCACAUUCAGUUUUUGAAACAAGCUAUUUAAAAUCGUCGGCAUUUCUUUCUUCACUUGGAUACAACUUGCUUAUUGUAAAUUAUAGAGGAUCAUUGGGUUUUGGAGAGGAAGCACUGCAGUCUCUUCCUGGAAAAAUUGGAUCUCAGGAUGUGCAGGAUGUACUUACAGCUUUAGACUAUGCUGUCGAGAAAGGACUCAUUGAUUCAUCUAAAGUGGCUGUUCUUGGAGGUUCACAUGGAGGUUUUUUGACCACGCAUUUGGUUGGCCAGGCUCCAGAUAAGUUUGUGGUCGCAGCUGCUCGAAAUCCAGUUUGUAAUCUAUCGCUAAUGGUUGGUACUACUGAUAUCCCUGAUUGGUGUUAUGUUGAGACUUGUGGAAAAGAAGGAAAGAAUUACUUCUCUGAGGCUCCUACAGCUGAACAUCUUCGUCUUUUCUACGAGAAGUCACCAAUUUCGCACAUUUCAAAGGUUAAAGCACCUAUCCUCUUCCUUCUGGGAGCACAGGAUCUUCGGGUUCCUGUUUCUAAUGGUCUACAGUAUGCGAGGGCUCUGAGGGAGAGGGGAGUUGAGGUCAAAGUGAUCGUAUUCCCAGAGGAUGUCCACGGCAUCGAAAGGCCGCAAUCUGACUUCGAAAGCUUUCUUAACAUUGGUGUUUGGUUCAACAAGUACUGUAAAUAGAAGCCAUUUUGGUUGUAUUGCGAUUGGUGGCGAUCAUUCUCAUUGUACUUUAUUAUCGAAACCAGUUUCAUUGUUUGCUUGUAAUAAUUUGAGAGGUGUAAAUUCCCUGGGAAGUUGAAUAGGCUCAACACUGGCAAUUCUACAGUAAGAUAAGUAGUCUCUAUGCCAUGGUCGCAUGUUGCCAAAGUUCUCAUGAUCAAUUUAUAAAAUAUUUACCGUUUCAUUAAAUUAA